GGAGGUGACGUCAGCAUCUCGCGGAUCUGCUCGGCUUGUUGUUGGUGUGGAAAACACGAAAAUGGGAAAGUGGAAGCUGCGGCUGAUCUCUUGUCUCAACUUGAGCACAACUUUUCGAAGAUAACUUUCCCAACAGAACGCCAUCUGCACGUCGUUUGAGUCACUUUUGAUUGACUCGGGAGUUAAGUUAUGUUGCUCGACGGGGAUUAACUUACUGGCUUUCUCUCUUUGGUUUGUCGUUCCUCGGUUUGGAUGUUUUUUCGCACUGUGUUAUCGAAGAAGAAGUGCCCUCGUCCUUUGUUUGUCUUAGGAGGAGUUUGGUUUUUCAUCAAGAGACAUGGACAUGUACGGAUAUAACGGUAUUUUCCUCGUGAGGAGACUUUUACGAAGCAAGAUGCUCGUGGUGACGAACAUGAGCGACAUAACGAAGGCGACGCCGCGCGGCUGCGAUAACGGCUCUUUAAUGGAUGGCUUCGGGGUUCUGAUCCAAGGGCUUCUCGCAGUUGUAGCUUUCAGCACUCUAAUGUUGAAGAGGUUUCGUGAGCCUGUUGGAGUGCGAAGACCAUGGAAGAUCUGGUUUUACGACACCUCCAAGCAGGCCAUCGGAGCUCUCUUCAUCCACUUUGCCAACAUCUUCCUGUCCACUUUGACCAAAGCUGACGCCUGCUCUCUGUACCUCAUGAACUUCAUCCUGGAUGCCACGCUGGGGAUGCUGGUGAUCUGGAUGGGUGUGAAGGUGGUGUCUCGCAUCGUGGAGUAUAAACAGUGCACCUUACUGACCUUCGGAGAAUAUGGUGACCCUCCGAGGGCGAGUGCGUGGUGGGGUCAGUGUGCCAUCUACCUGCUCAUCAUGAUCGUGGAGAAGGGCGUGGUCACUCUCGUCCUCCUCAUCCCCGGCUGGACCAACUUGCAGGAGGUGCUGUUGGACUACAUCCCAAAUCCACAGGUGGAGCUGGUCCUGGUGAUGCUCAUCGUUCCCUUCGUAGUCAAUUCCCUGAUGUUCUGGGUGGUGGACAGCCUGACGAUGAGGAAGUACAAGACCAUGACCGGCAUCGAGGGGCCAUCCGACAGUGUCAAGCAGGUGAAGGAGUUGCCGUCGGUUACCAGCGAAGAGGCCCAGGUGUUGCUGGGCGACGAUGCAGAUCUCUACUCCGAGGACGACAGCGAUGACGGCUGCUACACUCCCUCUGAUAGAAGACUCAUGCCCAGCUGGGUGGAGGUCUAGAAACACACACACACACACACACACACACACACACACACACACACACACACACACACACACACACACACACACACACACACACACACACACACACACACACACACACACACACACACACACACACACACACACAUAUAUAUACUGGCAAAGACACACAUUUUAUUGCAGCCCAGAAAUUCAUAGAGAACACGCUUUCUGGUGCCAUCAUUUUUAUACAUAUCAAUGUCAAGUUUAUGAUCUGCAAAAACGAGGACAUAUAGGCACAUGUUCUGUCUGUGUGUGUUUGUGUAUUGGUUUAUCGAUGGACAUGUGGGAUCAUCUGAUGCAUGUAGACCUUGUGUGUGUGUGUGUGUGUGUGUGUGUGUGUGUGUGUGUG